CAGCGUGGCAUGAGAUCGAGACGCGUAGAAUAAGGCCAAUAAAAUUAUCCAAUCCAGCCUUUUAUUCCGCCCUUCUCCAGCGAUCAUCAAAUAAUUCUGCCACCAACGACGCUCCUUCUUCUUUGUUUACCAGUCUCCUCUGAGCUGGACUACCAUUUCCAUUCAAAAAAAGGCGAAUUUUCUGACAAGAUAGUUCACCGCCUCUCUCUUUGAUCGCCUCUGCUCUCAUGGCGUCGAUGGCGUUCGGGGGGACGAAGCAGAAGUGCCAGGCCUGCCAGAAGACGGUCUACUUGGUGGACCAGCUCGCCGCCGACGGCAGAAUCUACCACCGGGCCUGCUUCCGCUGCCACCACUGCAACGGCACCCUCAAGUUCAGCAAUUACAGCUCCAUCGAUGGAGCUCUCUACUGCAAGCCUCACUAUGAUCAACUUUUCAAGAUGACUGGAAGAUUGGAUAAAAGUUUCGAAGGUUCUCCAAAACCUACAAAGACAGACAGAUCUAAUGGCCAAAUGGUUGGUGCUAAUAGCAGAUACGCAAGUGUAUUUCUGGGAACUCAAGACAAAUGUUCAGAGUGCAAGAAGACAGUGUACCCUAUUGAGAAGGUGGCUGUUAAUGGGAACUCAUACCACAGGCCCUGCUUCAGGUGUAGCCAUGGAGGUUGCACCAUCAGCCCAGCUAACUUCGUGGCACAUGAGGGAAGGCUUUACUGCAAGCACCACCAUGCCCAGCUGUUCAUGACCAAAGGCAACUUCAGCAGUUUCAGCAAGGUGGAAGAAAAGCCUGAAGAGAUUAAGGUGGUGCCCCCUGAUAAAUUAGGGGCUGAAGCUGUUCAAGUUGAUGUUAACAAAGAGAAUCAGGUGUCGUGUGUCUAGUUGAUGUUAACAUAGAGAAUGUUUGCGUCCUUUUGGUUUCUGAAGUUUUAUUAAAAUUCUGUUUUGGUGUUCUUGAGAGUUUCUAGUUGAAGUGUUUGAUGAGUGAACAGUUUGGCUCAACAAUUUUUCAUAUACAGAUCAAUUGGAUUGACCUUGGCUCAUUUACAAUCUAAGAUCUUUCAGUGUAA